AUGGUCGGUUUAGAUGCUGCUGGUAAGACAACCAUUCUCUACAAGUUGAAGUUGGGCGAGGUGGUCACCACAAUUCCCACUAUCGGCUUCAACGUGGAGACCGUGGAGUACAAGAAUUUGUCAUUCACGGUCUGGGAUGUUGGUGGCCAGGACAAGAUUCGCCCCCUUUGGCGGCACUACUACCAAGGCACAAACGGCUUAAUCUACGUUGUUGACAGCAAUGACCGGGAUCGCAUCGAAGAUGCCCGGGAAGAGCUGAACAAGAUGUUGAACGAAGACGAGAUGCGCGAUGCGGUGCUUUUGGUCUUCGCCAAUAAGCAGGACUUGCCCAACGCCAUGACUGCAGCAGAAGUCACCGAGAAGCUCGGAUUGCAGAACCUGCGCCACCGGCAGUGGUUCAUCCAGUCUGCCUGCGCAACAACGGGAGACGGUCUCUACGAGGGGUUGGACUGGCUCUCCCGGACACUCUCCUCAAAGCGAUGA